CUCUCUCCCCCUCUCUAUAGCAGUGCGCUCGCAUCAAUCUCCGCGCUUACUGGCAACUCGCCAGCAUGUGUGUGUGUGUUCUCUAACAUCCUUUGCAUAUAGUACGAUCUUUAAGCCGUUGCAGACUCAGUCAACUGCUCCAUAUUUGGGUUAUCUUACACACGCACUUACAGGGAGUGAGUGAGAGGGAGAGAGAGAGAGAGAGAGGCGGCUGGAGAAGGCUACACAACUAACUCUACACUAUCCACCCUUCGCCGAGGGCGACACUUUCCAACGCCGCUUGCUUUAGAUUAUUAUUUCUUUAACGCUAAGUUAGCUGCCACUGUUGGAAACGUCCUGCUCCCAAGAUUAAACUACUGUUGACAACCUCGGAACCGAUACUCAACAUAUUAUCCUGCGCUACGCAGAAAAGGGGAUAUGAAAUUCCUUGCAGCAAUCUUUGACGUAAAGUGAUUCAUUUUAUGGGAAAUGCAGUUUGUGAUGUUAAUAAACACUGCACCAUGUUAUUGUUGGAUGAUAAGAAAAUGAUUACCGGCGACAAGCUGCUUCCCUCUGUGAGAAACCAAGUCACCGAGAGUGCGAGGAGUCCAGCGAGCUGCGGCAGGCAUUUGUCUUUUGUGUUUAAGACACACAUUGGAGGUCUGUGAUCUAAUGGACACACCUGAGAUUGCUGUCUUCUGAUGGAUAUUAAAAGAAAACCUGCAUUUCAUAUGAUUCCCGAGCAGCUGUGAAGAAUCCUGGCUGGAGGAAAUGAAGCCUCGUGCAGUCCUGGGAUCUUUUUGGAGCAAACGACCGGAAAACAAAUGCAACGUGCAAUUGAUCAAACCCGGAUCGCAGCCUAACAGACACUGAGUGCGUCUUUCAAAGAUGAAAUCCAACCAGGAGCGCAGCAACGAAUGUCUACCGCCCAAGAAACGUGAGUUUCCAGUCAGCAGCCUGCCCUCCCUGGCAGAGAAGCCGGUUGCCACGGCCACUGGCAGUGAGAGGAGCCGCAGUGAAAACUUGGCGUGGCUGGCCAACAUCGCCAGCCGGCAGAGCAGCGUGGGGGUGAAGUACGGACAUGCCAAAGGAGCAGGAGAAACCUCACUGGAAACUGGCCUGCCGCUGUACAAGCCACUACCGACAGCUGUGGACUACUCAUCGCCCGGGAAUGUGAGAGGGGCUCCCGGCGCGACGCAACUCCGCGCGGUGUAUUCAUCGUCGGUCUUGGCCCAGCCGGGGCCCUCCAUGUCUCCGGUGGAGUACACGCCUCUGCAGCCGGCCGCCUUCCAGUUUGUGGGGCCGCCGUCGUUCAGCGGGCCUUACGUGGGCCCGCCCGCGUUCGUCCCGUCCCCGCUGGCGGUGUCUCAGGCCUCCGCCUCCCCGACGCAGUAUUCCCACCUGGAGCCCUACUCCGCCAUCUUCGGCGGCCCGUCCCAGCACAAGGCGGGGUUGGAGCAGCAGCAGCAGCAGCAGCAGCAGCAGCAGCAGGCGGGCAGGACGCGCAGAGAGAUGCCCGCGUCACAGUACGCGCAGGCCCCCAGCCCGUUGCCCAACGUGACCAGGCCUCACUCCCCGGCCCCGCUGCACCCCCUGCACCCCCACCCGUCGCUGGCGCCACGCUCCCACGCCGCCACCACCACCUCGCCCAUGCUGCUGCAGUACGCCGAGGCUGGCUACCACGCUGCGCACCGGGAGGCCCAGAGGAAGGCCGGCGAGCCCAGGCCCCACCUGGCGCCGCGCAGGGAAAUGCUGAACGGCGAGGUGGACAAAGGGCGGCGCUACGAGUCGAACGCGGACAAGAUGGGGGCCAAGGCACUCCCCCGGCACUACGAGAUCAGGCACGGGACCCACGUGGUUGUCCACCCAGGCCCUGCCGACUACUCUGCACAGGAAACUUUAGCCUCCAGGGCCUCCGUGAUGAUCAUACCCAACAGCCACACGCCCACCACGGAUCUGGAGGUGCAGCAGGCCACAAGCAGCGACAGCUCCCAUCUGGCAUUGUACGAAAAGGCCAACCUUAAUCACGGCAAGGCCACCUUCUCUCCACAGUCCGUCAUCCAGACCACACAUACCCCCACUGACCACAUCUCCAUCGGCCCCCCCGGCGGGGCAGUCUACUCCAGUCCUCAGCAGCCGCUCAUCGGCUACAUAAGCAGCCAGCAGCAAGGCUUGAGCUACCACGGGAACCUACAGCAGCACCUGGUGAUCCCCGGCGCCCACCCGCUCCUCAUUCCCGUCUGCGGCACGGCGGUGGAGGCCCCGGGGGUGGGCUCCACCAUCGUGACGUCCUCGCCACAGUACACUGCCGUGUCCCACCCCUUCGCCACCAACGCCGGCCACAAGGCCGAGACCUACCACCACCACCACCACCACCACCAUCCGGAGCCGCUGGUGGCGCAGCAGGCCUACCACACUGCCGUGGUGCAGGCACAGGUACACCUGCCCCUGGUCCAGCCCGUCAGCUCCCCGGUGGCUGCCUCCACUCAGCUGCCCCCCUACUUCAUGAAGGGGUCAAUCAUACAGCUGGCCAAUGGGGAACUGAAGCGAGUGGAAGACUUGAAAACAGAGGACUUCAUCCAGAGCGCUGAAAUCAGCAGCGAUCUGAAGAUUGACUCUAGCACAGUGGAGCGGGUGGAGGGCAGUCAAGCCUCCAGCUUUGCUGUUCUGCAGUUUGCUGUAGGGGAACAUCGAACGCAGGUCAGUGUGGAGGUGCUGGCGGAACACCCGUUUUUUGUCUUUGGGAAAGGCUGGUCUUCGUGCUGCCCCGAGAGGACCUCGCAACUCUUUGGCCUGCCCUGCUCCAAACUGACGGUGGGUGACGUUUGCAUAUCCCUCACGCUGAGGAACCUGAAGAACGGCUCCCUGAACAAAGGGCAGGCCGCCGCGGACAACGGCCCGCCGCCGAGGCACCCCAGGAAUUACAGCCCGGCCGCCUGCAGGCCCCCCCGCUACCUGGAGCGGGAAAACGGGAUUGUUCAGGGGGACGUCUCGGAGAACGGCAGGCCGCCCGACCAGGGCUUCGCCCUCCAGCGCGCAAAGCCCUGGCUCGGCAAAACAGAGUUCAGCGGGCGCACCCCGACCAGGAAGCGCAGGUGGUCCGCCCCCGAGACACGGAAAGUGGAGAAGACUGAGGAGCAGCCAUUCCUCCUCCCCAAACUAUCCUUCAUUCCUCAGGAGGUGAAGAUUUGCAUUGAAGGCCGAUCCAACGUAGGCAAGUGACGAAGGAAGGCACUUUGGGGUGGAGUGACACUUGCUCACACAUCAAAAAAAAAAUGUUAAAACUAUAAUACUGUACUGUAGACUUAAAGCUAGAAAAAAACCCCAGUAUUUACAUGUUAUCUGCUUGUUAUUUUAGGUUUUUUGUUAAUAACAUGUAAUAAUUUCGAAUGGUGUUAAGGAGAAGACAGGUAGGUGUUCUUUCCACAUAGCUUUGACUGUUCACUGUUUAUUGAAUGCCCUUACGAAAAUUCUCACCUGGAUUAUUCCUGUCAUGAUUAGAAUCCAUUAUAGUCUUCUCUGGUACUGUUUUUUUUUUUUUUUUUUAAUUUGGUUCAUAUUUAGUGACAGUGUGUGCCACUUUCUUUAGUUCCCCCUGACUUAUGUGUACAUUGUGUGCAAUCCACAGUGGGACAGGGUGACCCUUUGGGCAUUUGCAAUUUUUGUCAUAUUUAUUUUGCUGGGCCUUCCUCCUCUCCCUUCGAGAGGCCCCAACAUCAUACCAAAUUUGACGAGUUUAGUAUUAUCUGUAAAAACACUGUCAUCCACUUAAACUAGAUACUGAACGUUGAGAAAGAAACGGAAACUGAAGAAUGACGUUUGUGUAGAAGAGGCGAGUGUGGAACCAAUUGUAGAAUCGAGUUUGUUUGGAAGAAUGAGAAUCAGCGGUGAUGAUUCCUGAGUGAAUGAUUUAAUACGAUAGUAGUGGUCUGUCGGAGACUGCUUUAUCAGAACGCACUUUUUAAAUGUAAUGCUUAAAAGAAGAGGGGUGGGGUUUGAAUAGCCGGCGCGUUGAGACGCAAGCUGGAAGAGAUAUCUUAAGAGUUAUCCAGUAUUUAACUGUUGUACUUUUAAAGCAUUUGGCAAUUUGCACAUCUCGAUAGUCAAACAAUCAUCCAGUGAGUCUGUCAGUUGUGCAGUUUUUUUUUGUUUUCUCUCGAACCUUUUUCUUUUGAAAAGGGGAAAGGUUUAAAUAAAAGCAAUGUAGCGGAUAUUGUUUGGCCUGUGUUGGCAUUGGGACCUUCCCGCAGUGUUGUUUAUCAUGUUGAGCGAUGGACUCGAAGCCUGUCAUAUCUAUUAACCUCCCCAAGACAGUUUGAAAGGAUACACCUUUCCAGUAAUUUUUCCAAUUUUUAGGAGAUCUCAGGCUGUUGCAAAAAUUAAAAAUGGUUGUGUAACAAAAGUUGGUUUCCUUCCCUGCUUAUAUUUUACCCAUGAUUAUAGGGUGGCGCAGUGGUAGAGUCGCUGCCUUACAGCGCCAGAGUCCCGGGUUUGAUCCUGACCACGGGUGCUGUCUAUACAGAGAUUGUACAUUCUCCCCGUGACUUGCGUGGGUUUUCUCCGGGUGCUCCGGUUUCCUCCCACACUCCAAGGACGUGCAGGUUUGUAGGUUAAUUGGCUUGGUGUAAAUGUAAAUUGUCCCUGGUGUGUGUAGAGCAGGGAUCGCUGGUCGGUGGGGACUCGGUGGGCCGAAGGGACUGUUUCUCUAAAUUAAACUAAACAAAAUCAGUGAUAUCAAAUUUAUUAUUUUUUUAAUUGCAUAGGGUUUUAUCGUUCAAAUCUUAGUUCUGAGCCACCUUCAAUGAGCUCAUCGAUUAUUUUAGAGUGUGCAAUGGCUUUUUGAAACACAUGAUACGAUAACACUCAAAAUUUAAUUCAUGGGGAACACGGUAUUUAAAAUCAACAAAGCCUCCUUUAGUAUAGACACAAAAUGCUGGAGUAACUCAGCAGGACAGGCAGAGAGAAGGAAUGGGUGACGUUUCGGGUCGAGACCCUUUUUCGGACUGUGAGUCAGUGGAGAGGGAGACUGGAGUUAGGGAAGGGUACAAUGAGAACGUCACCCAUUCCUCAUGUCUGUCUACCUUCGGUGUAAACCAGCAUCUGCACUUCUUCCCUGCUCCUUUUAAUAUAGUCUUGUUUCAUAAUAGAUCGUCGAUCAGCAUUGAAAAUGUAGGAUGGGUUUGGGGAGGGGUUGACUUUUUAAUAUGUGCAAAUUACUCAAAACCUGGCUUGUAGUGUCAUAGCUUCUUGGCUUGCCUCUGUUAUGAAUGUACCCAAAUCUGUUUCGACAUCCUAAUGAAAGAAAUGGGGAUGGGAUCAGAGAGGCGAAGAAGCUCGAGUACUGCUGACGUUGAUGAACAAAACCUCUGAACAUUGCACCAAAAUAGCUGAACAAGCUUUCCUAUAUUGCACAUUAACAUUACUUGGUUACUAAUGCUGGGUUCCUAAUGAUCGAAUUGGGGUUUCACUUGGGUAGCACGGUGGCGCAGCGGUGGAAUUGCCGCCUUACAGCGCCAGAGACCCCGGUUCGAUCCUGACCACGGGUGCUGUCUGUGCAGAGUUUGUACCUUCUCCCCGUGACCUGCGUGGGGUUUCUCCGGUUUCCUCCCACACUCCAAAGACGCACAGGUUUGUAGGUUAAUUGGCUUGGUGUAAAUGUUUUAAAAAGAAAAUUGUCCCUAGUGUGUGUGUGUGUGUGUGCGUGUGCGUGUAGGGUAGUGUUAAUGUGCCGGGAUCGCUGGUCGAAGGGCCUGUUUCCGCGCUGUAACUCUAGACUAACCUACAUGUGUGAGCCCUUCCAUUAACACAUGCAGGGCCUUCAAGUUCUUAUAUUUUUUUCUUAAGGCAAGAGGAAAUCAAAGCGCAGGGCAGGCGGGCGGGGACGAGAGAUUUUAGCUAAAUGAAUCAGUACGGCUGCACAGUCAGAGGGGUGGUUUUUUUCUUUUCACGUCUCUGGGAGUGGGAGCAGGGACUCGUUUAACUGCCUGAAUCCACUGAAGAAACACUACAGGAAAUAGUCAGAUGCAAUACGACCGAUUCAGUGACUUGUCUUAUGUUGAUGUACAAGUAGGAAUUCGAAUUCCACAACCUCGACGCACCCAGACAUGAACUCUGAAACUGUUUGCUUGAUUAGCACGUGCAAUAACCAUUUGUCGAAAGUGCCAGGUCGAAGAUAGUUCACAUCUUUUCGCUUACAUUUAAAAAAUAUAUAUAUCAUUCGCAUUUCUCUUGCUAACCUUAUCCCCGCUGCCUUUCUUUCCCCCCCCUGCCCAAAACCAAGGCCUCCUUACAAAGACGGACGUUGAAUCAGAAUGCAAGACAAGCUUUAGACAGACACAGAGUGCUGGAGUAACUCAGCAGGUCAGGCAGCAUCUGUGGAGGGAAUGACUAGGUGACAUUUCAGGCCGAGACCCUUCUUCAGACUGAUCUGACAUGGAGAGCCUUUUACGUUUGUAACCACAUCAGCUGCGUGCUUCUGUACAAAGUCUGAUUUGCAAUAGUUAACUGACAACUAUUUUCUAAAAAAAAAAGUUUGUGGUGAGCAAAAAAAAAUGUUUAAAACAAAACUCACACAAAAAAAAAAAUAUAUAAAGUCAGGGUGACCCCAACCUGUUUGUAGACAAUUUACUGGUUAUUCCUACUGGUAGUAGAAAUUUCCACCCCUGGACACCUUUUUAAUUUGUUGGAUAGGAUGAUUGGAGUGAUCUGCAGAAGCCUUUCACGCCUUUUACUCAGGGAUGGGCUGGUAUGUAUGUGGAACACUGAUGUAACCAGAGACAGCACUUUCACUAACUCCGAAGCCUACUUUAUUUUUUAACAGACCUAGCCUCAAACGACGUUACCUUACUAAUCAGAUCAUUUGUGGCGGGCGCUCGCCUUCCCUAGGCGGCAUCACGUAGACAGAAGUUGUUUUGGAAGUGUCGGCUCACACACAUAUAUGUUGAUUAGUAUAGGUAAUGUGAAACUAUUGCACAUGGGAGGGCGGAAUGUUGGGGGGGGGGGCAGGG